AUCAAUGACUGAAUCCCACUCUCCUUGCAACAAGUCCAGACAAGUCGGAGAGCAGAAAAGACAGAAAUGUGCAGUUUUUCAUCGCAAAGAAAUCCGACGCCAAGCCGGACAUCUUGUGGCUUUUCUGCCCACGAGAAUCCGUAGUGCGUGUUGGCUUUUUUGAGCUGAAUUUCGUCGGCAAUCCUUUUCGGCUGUCAACGCAACGGCGUCAUUAUUUUACGAGUGAGAAAAAAUCUUGGUUUAAUCAGUCAUUCGGCCUCUGAAUCGCGCACUAAACGCGGAAAAAAACGGAUCUUUUUCGUACCGCAGUCGCGUCGGGAGUUUUUUGAGCCGUGAAACACGAAAUUUCUGUCGUCAUUUCUGAACAAAGAACGAGCUUUUUCUCGCCCGGACACGUCCUGAGGUCAGUCGAGUGCCUCCGAACAGGAUUUUCUUCAUCAUCAGCCCCCUGCGCUAAGGAACGGACCAGUUACUGCAGACCCAUUGGCAAAUCGACAAAAAUGAAUCAUCCAUCAUCGUCGCUAAUUAGGAGGCACCAUUUUUUGGACUUGGUCAAAGGUCGGGCGAGCACGCGGGAUCUGGUCGGAGCGGCGAAAGUCCUGCAAACCGUGAGACUGAACCUGGUGCCCUUGCAGGAGCUGGCCAUGCGCACCGUCAUCUCCAACUUGCCCAAACUGGACCCUGAUUCCAUCAACAACCUUCCGAACUCUUUAAAAACUGCAAUCCUCGAGGCCAUAACAGAGUUGAUUCCCAGGAAAGUCGAAGUCAGAUUAAGUGAUUUGCCCCCCCUUAUUGGCCUUGACCUCGCUCCAGACAGUUCUUGCAUCAUCCAGAAAAUGUUCAUUGGCUUCACUCUUGAGGAGAGAAACUCACUCCAGCCUGAUCUCAGCACACUCAAACAGCUCAUAACCUCAGAUCUGCAAAAAUUUGAUUUCAAUGUGGUUGAACAAGAUCUGACCGUCCUCAGCGAAGAUUCUGAGAAAAUUUGGCAGUGCUUGGCCUCCUCAGCUCCCUACCUAUGUAGCAUUCGAGACCAAGGGUAUCAGAAGCCAAGACCUGGAUACCUGAUUGUCCCGUACCUUACCAAGUUUUUCCAUCUCUUGGACCAGCAGCUGACCACCUUUGAAUUCUCCGAUCGUGACAUACAAGUGCUGAGUACAAGCUGCCCAAACCUGAAGAAUAUAAUUUUGAGAAGGAACGGAGAUUUGACUGAGAACGGACUGCGCUCGCUUGAAAAUUUACCCCUGGAGCAAAUUUCCAUUGAUUGCUUGGACCGCAGAUAUAACCCUAGAGAUGUUGUCAACCCUCAAAAAGCAUUUGAAUUGCUGCCCAAGCUCCGAUCCAUCCGCAAUUGGCACUAUCCUGAUCGCUUUGAACUGCCAAACUUGUCGAUCCCGGAAAAUCCUCAACAGCGAUUCAUGUUGGAAGAGGUGGCAGACAUCAUGGGCUCUUUGGAAAACAUUGGAAGUCACCUUAGUAAACUGAAGAGGGUGAACGGCAGUGGCAGUGGAAAUAGACUGUCCCCAGAGAUUUUGACUCAGCUUCCCCAUUUGCAAUCGAUGCAUGACCUUUUCCUCCCUGAGGACUAUCUGGCCCUCGAACUGGUCGGCACCAAACUGGUUGAAGUUACAGUUUCGAACAUUUUUAGUGAACACGUAGACCUGAGUCGUAUUAUAAUGUUGUGUCCCAACCUGGAGAAGCUGCACCUGUUUGCUUACUUUAGUCUAGAAGACCAGCAGCACGUUGUCGAGCCUGCCAGGUUAAAGCUGAAGGAUCUCAAGCUGAAAGCAAGUGUCUCCUCUGAUGACGACGCUGAAGACCCUGGCAUGAUCUUCUGGGAUCUGUUGCUGGCGCCGAACCUUGAGAAAGUCGGGCUUUUCGACUUCCUCUUCACCGAGCCGAGCGCCCUCCUCGACUCGGCCUCGCCAUUCCUGCAAAGAUUGACCUUCCUCAAUACCAGGUUUGAGUUCAAGUGGCCCACAAAGGAGACCAAAGACAGAGAUUUUCCACAAGCCCUGGACAUUCACAACGAGCUGCUCUCGGGGCUCAUCAGAAACUGCCCCCAUUUGCAAAAAGUGCGAUGCGAAAUUUUUGCCAAAAAAGCUAACAUGUAUAGACAGGAACGUCAUCACAAGUUGCUUUUGGCAGAUGUGUCUCCUGAAUGGUGUAGAAUCCCUAAACAAAAAUACAUUUAAGAUUUGAAAAAUGAUUAAGAGACAUUUUUCUAAAGCUGUCUUCAAUUAAAUUUGUGAGAAUUAAUGGUCUUCCAAUUUUCUUCCAUGCCAAAUAAACGAUUUAUAUCACUGAACUGAAUUUAUAAACACAAAUCAAUAUUGUGGAAAUUUGUUUCUGGCGCACGGCAAAGUAUGUUACUGUAGUUCCCUUUCUUCUUCAAAGUUUAUUUGGAUCAUUUCGUAAAUAAAGCAAGUCAACUGGUAUCUAUUGAGAUGUUCUUGGUCGCUAAAUAUGACAUUUUAAUA